GCUCUGUUUCCUUGGCAACAACUUUACGUUUGGCGUUAGCGUUCAGCAAAUAUUAACGGAUAAUUUUAACAAAAUGGAGAUCCAGGAGCAAAGUGUCCGGAACUGUGCAGAAAACAUGGUAGAAAUGGUGGAUGUUGACGAAGAACUCUUCGCUGUUUCCAGCUCAUCAGCUGCAGACACAGCAUUUGAUUCUGUUAUUGGCUGUAUAGAGGACAUCAUCAUGGAGGAGGACUUCCAGCAUCUUCAGCAGAGUUUCAUGGAGAAACACUACCUGGAGUUUGAUGACUCUGAUGAGCAUAAACUCAGCUACACACCGAUCUUUAAUGAAUACAUCGACCUGUUGGAGAAACACCUGGAGAAGCAGCUGAUGGAGCGAAUCCCUGGCUUCAACAUGAACGCCUUCAUUGAGCUUCUCAUACACAACAAAGAAGAAGUCCCAGAUGACAUAUACGACAUGCUGUUGACAUUCACAGACUUCGUGGCCUUUAAGGAGAUGUUUCUAGAAUUCAGGGCUAUGAAGGAGGGCCGAGGACUGGAUCUGAGUCAGGGACUGAUGGUGACAUCUUUGACGUCUGUUUGCUCCAAACCUUCCGACUCCGCUGCUUCCAAGUGA